UUUUCAUCCACACAAUGAAGAAGUAGGCGGUAUGAGAUCAUCGUGUGCUUAUCCCAGAUUCUUGGAACAAGGGUCGACAGUGUGGUAGGGUAGCAUCCGAAGCAUUGGGUGUGGUUCUAACGUUCAAUCCUUCUGCAAUAGGUCAUCCAUAGCCUGACCGAGUGAAACCCGUCCUGCCAUCUUGGGUCUUUUAAGUUGGGACAACGACUCGCUGUGCCUAUCUGAGGAGCUUGCGGCAAUGACGAUAGCUCUGGCGAAGCAUCUUCCGCUCCAGUGUCUUGUCCUUUGUGCCAUCCUGCGUGUGGUUUCCUCAUCUUCUUCCAUCUGCGAAGAUGUAUCGGCAUCUUCUAUGUGUGGGACUGCGGCUACUGACACGUCCAACAUGUACUCUAAAGUGACGGAUCCUACACUGUCUGCGUCUCAUCUUCAAGACCUGCCAGGAUUUACCAGGAGUGUCUAUGAGCGGGAUCAUGCUCUCAUUACACCUGAAAGUCAAGUCUUCAGUCCCCUUCCCGGAUGGGUUAAGACGCUGGCAGCCUACUUGAUCACCCCUGCAAUGGGUGCUCAUUUUACGAUGUAUCUUGCUUCUAUGGCAGGUAAUUCGUCCUCUGCCGAACCACCAGCAGGUGUUGAGAGGUUUGUGUUCGUUGUGAAAGGAGAAGUCAGUAUGACUGCAGACUUGCUUCUCGACACCGCUAUAUUAAUGGUGGAUGAAUUUGCGUACAUCCCCGCCGGUGCAAAACACACUCUUUCUUCAACUUUCUCUGCAACACUGGUAGUAUUUGAGCGCAGAUACGCAGUAGGAGGGGAUGCUGCACCUCAGCUGUUCACCGGUCGGACCAACCAGCUACCCAACUUGGAAACACCUGGCGAGGUCUUCGAACUACGGAAGCUGCUACCAGCAACUCCCACCUACGACUUCAACAUACAUGUCAUGGAUUUCCAACCUGGAGAAUACUUGAAUGUUAAGGAGGUCCAUUACAACCAACACGGCCUGCUACUCUUGGAGGGCCGCGGAAUCUACCGACUGGGCGAUAAAUGGUACCCUGUCCAAGCUGGUGACGUCAUUUGGAUGGCUCCGUUCGUUCCUCAGUGGUAUGCGGCUUUAGGAACAACUAGAUCUCGUUACAUUCUUUACAAAGACACCGCCCGAGAUCCAUUGCUGCAUCCCUAUUGAUACAAAUUGGUGUCGCUUGGAAGCCCUGCAAUACCAAGGUGCUUGUGGUCGGUGAAUUCGAUCCCAUCUAUCCGACUACCCUCUGGUUAACAUGAGAUAGACAUGAUUCAUGCAUGAUCCCGAUACUCAUGCUCAUCAUCAAAAGUAUGGUAUCAGCAAAUGUAGCGCUGCGUAUUCAGUAACCUUGUGUUGAUGUUCGCAAUGUGCUCCUCACGAGACGUUUUGAGAUUA